AUGAACAAUCCUGAAAAGUUUGAUACACUCAAAGAUUUUGUAGAUCGCUGUUCGAGAAACAUUGACAUAAUUGUGGUGAGCGAAACAUGGGUUAAAUCUGGAGAUUCACAAAUGUUCACUCUAAACGGAUUCGAUGGAAUAUUUUCCUGCCGUGAAUCAUCGCAUAGGGGACUAGCCGUAUAUGCACGUAGUGACCUGAACGUUGACACUGAGAAAAUAGAAGAAGAUGAUGGAUUUCACUACAUACGACUUCGUCUUCGCUGGGGUAACGGGCCACUAUCUCUACAUGUUGUUUACAGUCCUCCUGCAUUCCGCUUUGCCAACUUUGUCGAGAAGCUUGAAAGCAAGUUGUCCCGUAAUAGUAAGCACCCUAACUCAAUCCUCCUAGGUGAUACAAAUGUGCCAGUUAACCUGUCGAGCAACAUAGUCGGCGAGUAUCUCAGGAUUUUGGAAUCACGCAACUUGUUUGUUGUGAACAACGAGGUCACGCGGCCAGCCAGUGGGAAUAUACUCGACCAUGCUGUAUGUUCACAGAGCAUCAUCGCUUCAACAAUGAAUGAGACAAUCUGCACGGAUAUAAGCGACCACAACUUGAUUGUUACCACACUGUCGAGCAGUACCAACAAAGAUGCCCAAUUCUUAAGUAAGAGCAUCGUCAACCACCACCAAAUAAACGCAGAAUUCGCAGAAGCGCUGCAGAACAUUCCGUCGACAACAUGCGCUAACGAAAAGAUCAAACUCAUAGCCGACAAAUAUGAACAUUCUAAGCAUCUUCUAAAAGACAUCUCCGGAAGACUGCAAUCCUGGAAAUUCUUGAACGAAGCCCUCGGCCGCAAGUCCAAAUCGCAUGAUAAUAUUAUGCUUAAGAUUGGAAAUGAAGUUCAGGUGGACCCAGCACAAGUUUCAAACAGCAUUAACGACUACUUCUGCAAUAUUGGUCCCCAAUUGGCUGCUAACAUCGCAAGCAAUCGAGACAUUCAACAGUACAAUUCACUUCGUUCGCAACCAUCGCCUUCCUUGUUUUUGAGACCAGCAACCGUCUCAGAGGUACUGUUAGAAAUCAGUAACUUAGAUUCCAACAAAUCCAACAAUAUUACCGUGGACACACCAAAAACACAUCACUUGGCGCUCUCCAAUAUCCUGACAGAUAUCUUUAAUGAAAUAGUCGGAACCAAAGUUUAUCCCGACCCAAUGAAACUAGCCCGAGUAACUCCUAUUUUCAAGUCCGGAGACAACUCAGACGUUUCAAACUACCGUCCAAUCUCAACGCUCUUAGUAUUGAACAAAAUCCUGGAAAAACUUCUCGUCACCAGGAUAAGUAAGUACCUAUCGAGAUACGACCUUAUAAGCCCGCGCCAGUAUGGAUUCCGAAAAGGAUGCAGUACAUUAACAGCAACUACUGAACUCCUGGAAGAUGUAUAUGACGACCUGGACAAUCGUAACUUCGCCGGUGCCAUGUUUUUGGACCUAAGGGAAGCAUUCGACACAAUAGACCACGCCUUGCUGUUGCAAAAAUUGGAUUGGUAUGGCAUACGAGGUCAGCCUCAUCGGUUAAUUGAGAGCUACAUAACAGAUCGACAACAAUUCGUGUCUCUGAAAUGA